GUUUUCUCAAGAUAACGUAUUCUCUCGAAGAAGGAUCUGGGUAUUUUCCUGUAAGCAACAAACAUCACAUAAUGUUAGUUCAAGUUCAGCGACGAACCGAGUAAGGCGCGUUUAAACCGAUUGUCGGCUUAUAGUAACGUCGUGUUCUACAAAAUUGCUCAACGAGUUUAAAUACACGUAUAAAACAAUGUCACGAGUGACGUAUUUCACCAAGAGCCCAUUGGGAAUUCCAUUGCUGGUGUUGUUGUUAUUUGGCUGCGCUGACUGUGUGCCGGCAAACUAUCCGGCAGUGUCACCCUGUCCUAAUCUGUUCAAUUACCAGUACGACACCAACCGGUCCGAGUACUACGGCUUCAUCAACCUUCAAACGCGAUCUGUCAAAGGUUCUGCGGAGGUGGAAGUAUCGUUCUCGAUUGCCGCCCAACUGCCAUCGUAUCAAAUGUUUCAACAGAAGUUCAUUGGAUCCAUCGAAACGAUUGGUGACAGCAGCCAACUGCUUGAUCAAAUCACGAAAGGCCGUGGAAUAAGUUAUCGUGUGAAUCUUCCAAUUCAAGACCCGCUCCCGCAACUUACCAAGUUAACUCUGAACGGUCGUAUAUUAUGUACUGGACCUGAAGAAAAAGGUAACUACGUAACAGAGACUCAACUGCGUCAUCUACUGCGAGCAGGUACCAGCACAAAACGCAUUCAAACCGGCUUGACCCGACCAAUAGCACUAACUAGUCAGUUACCGGUAAUUCCAGUGCCCCCGGUUACACCCCAAGCGGUUGAGAAUUCCGACCAGUUCAAAUUGAUCGGUCACCGCGAGCAACAUAAAACGGAAGAACGAACUGAACAUGAUAUUAGUCCUGGCAAGAACACAACUUCUUACAAAUAUGUCAAUCAGGUCGUAACUUAUAGCGAAUAUCAAUCGGCGCCGAUUUUCCAGAAAACGACCCACUAUUCCGUCAACACAACCAGCCAGCACCAUGUUUGAUGACAGUUUCGAUACAGUGAGUUCAAUUAUACUGAAAUGCAUAUAAUAUGGAUAUUGAUAUUGUUAACAUUUAGCCUAGUCAUUGAAAUACAAAAAUAAACACGAGCAAGCUCUAAUACAGGUUUGAUUCUUUAGUUGUUUAGAUCAAAAUGAGAAAGUAAUCUCCAUAAGGAGGGGUAUUUUCGAUGUUCAUUUCCAUCAAACUCAAAAUGAAAAUAAAUCAAAAAACUUACCAAUUCUGCUUAGAUUUAAAGCCAGAUUAAUUAUAUAGAAGUAAAUAAAUAAUCCAUCUGAAAGAUAAAACAUAAGACAUGCAUA